GAAAUUGCAAUUUUAUUGAUUUUUUUUAUCAUAAAAACAAACAGCUUUAUAUUAAAAUCAUAGGAAAGGAAUCGUUACAACAAACUCAAAAAGACCAACCUCGAUAAAAAAUAUCCCUAACUUAAAUGACUAAUUUGUCCCUAUUAUAAUAAUAGAAUCAUACUUCGUAUAAUGGAAUACCCUACGCAGAAACAAUCUAUCUAGACUAGCAGCCUCCACAUCCUUUCAUCAGGUCUAUCGACUUCAACCAGAAGAACAGCUUUGGGAUUGAUUAUUUCAGUGCUUUCAUUUUCAUUUCAGUGAGAAUGUAGGCCGCCUCAUUUCAACCGACCCAUACCCCGCCAUAAUUAAAAGGAACACAUGCAGGGGGGUCUAGCUCUCAAUGUCAUUUUUAAUCCGUACGCCCCACCUUCCACUCUCUUUAUACUUCGGAAACUGGGAAUGCAUCCACUACCUCCGUUUCUUGCCUCUGCGAUCCCACCACAGUGAUUCCCCGAGUCAACCAUCAAGAAAUUAGAAAUAGCUCACUCUUACUAACCACGCUUUUAUUAAAUUGGAGUGUAAAGUUAGUCUAUUAGAAGCAUCAUCAUCAUCAUCAAGAACGCCAGCAAAGGAGGAAGAGGAGGAGGAGGAGGUAAAUUCUGGGGGCAGGUAGCAUAAAUGGAAGCAGAAGAGGGUGGCUGUAUAUCAGCACCUUCAACACCAACGACACCAUCCACACCUGGUGCCCCACUGUUUUCAAGGUUCAGGCAUGAAAGAGCUGGCAAUGGCAAUGGCAAUGGCCAUGGCCAUGGCAGCAGAAGAAACUCCCUUUUUAAGAGCUGUAAGUGCUUCAAUGUGGAAGGGUGGGGUUUAGAGGAGGGAAGCUUGCCUUCCGUAUCAUGCACAUUGCCUUCUCCUCCUGUAUCACUCGCAAGAAAGGUAUGGUAGGUCAGACGCAUCCUCUUACAUUUCAGAAAGUGCUCAUAUCAUGGUUGACUUACGAUCCUGUCAAGAUUUGGUUGGUGGUCACAUUACUUAAAGAAGAAAUGAGGUUGACAUAACAAACCCGUGCAGGUCGGAGCAGAGCUGAUAGGGACGAUGAUACUAAUAUUUGCAGGAACUGGAACCGCGGUUGUGAAUGAAGAGAGAAAAGGAAGUGAAGCGCUGCUAGGGUUGGCUGUAUCCACUGGUCUUGCUGUUAUGAUUGUCAUUCUUUCCACCGGCCACAUCUCUGGGGCUCAUCUCAACCCUGCUGUCACUCUGGCCUUUGCUGCUCUCAAACACUUCCCCUGGAAACAUGUUCCAGUUUAUAUAGGUGCACAAUUGAUGGCAUCAUUGGGGGCAGCAUUCAUAGUGAAGGCAGUCUUCCAUCCCAUAAUGGGGGGUGGAGGUGUCACAGUUCCUUCUUCCUGUGGUUGUGGUGGGGAUUGCCACCUUCAAGCUUUUUCUUUGGAAUUCAUUAUCAGCUUCAACCUCAUGUUUGUUGUUACCGCGGUUUCCACCGACACUCGAGCUGUGGGAGAGCUUGCAGGAAUUGCCGUGGGAGCCACUGUCGCACUCAACAUACUUAUAGCAGGAGAAACAACUGGAGCAUCCAUGAAUCCCGUACGAACUCUUGGACCAGCAAUAGCAGCAGGAAACUACACAGCUUUAUGGAUAUACUUAACUGCCCCUAUUUUGGGUGCCCUGGCUGGUGCAGGUGUAUAUUCUGCAGUUAAACUGCCUGAUGAAGAUGGCCAGCAUCUUCAAAAGCCUUCUCCAGUUGAAGAUCUGAUCAGGAGGGGAUGAAUGUCUAAUCAGAAGGUGAUGAAUCAAAUCUCAUUACACCUAAACAAAAAAAAGGUCAAUUUCUAUGGAACAAUGAGUGGAACACUGGAACAUGUUCACACUUCCUUUGUACACUGUGCUACUGCAUUUUAUACUACAUAGCUUUAGUCUACGUAGCCAUCCAAUUGUAAUUCCGACAUUGUACUACAGCAUCACUGUAAUGGGAUUAAGAGCACUCGGUACAUUGAUUCGAUAUCAAAUAUUGUUGAACCA